AUGAGAUCAAAUUUCCUUCACAUUAAAAAGCCUGCUGGUUUAGUACCAUUGUCAUUUUUUCUUUUCGAUGGAACCGCCAGAUUGUACGUUAGCCAUACUUGCCCUUUCGCACAACGUGUCUGGAUUACUGGGAACUACAAGGGAGUUCAAGAUAAGAUCAAAUUAGUUGCUAUCGAUCUCGAAGACAGGCCUGCUUGGUGGGGGUUGAAAGUCUACCCUGAAAAUAAGGUUCCAUCGUUGGAACAUAAUGGCAAGCUUUUGGGAGCAGGUCUGGAUUUGAUCAAAUAUGUCGAUUCAAACUUUGAAGGGCCAUCUUUGUUUCCCAGUGAUCCUGUCAAGAGCGACUACCGUGAGCAGUUGAUUUCCCAUGUUGAUGCGUUCGUCAGGGAAGGGUUCACUUCGUUGAAAUCAGCAAAUCCUGUACAAGAAGCCAGUCCUGCUUUUGAUUUCUUAGAGAAUGCUCUUGGUAAAUUCGAAGAUGGACCAUUCUUCCUAGGCCUAUUUAGUUCGGUGGAUAUUGCCUAUGUUCCAUUUGUUGAAAGAUUCCAAGUCGUCUUUUUUGAGGUUUUCAAGCAUGACGUGACAGAAGGAAGGCCUAAGCUUGCUGCAUGGAUAGAGGAAGUGAACAAGAUUGGUGUAUACACCCAGACAAGAACUGAUCCUCAGGAAACGGUUGACAUUUUCGAGAAAAAGAAAUUAAUCAACAUACAAACAAUGCACGAUUUAGUUUGA